AUGACUGAUCAUGUGCCGAAAUUAUAUUUUCAGUUUCCCAGGAGCUGCAACAGUCUAUUGCCCAACACGCCAAGCGGGGUUUACAAAAUCCAACCCUUGCCUAACAUUGACCCCAUUUUAGUGUACUGCGAGAUGUCAACUGGAGUUAUUGGCAAACACAAUCGAUACUUCAACUUUCUUCCGCGUAGCAUCACUCGACGACCUGAUGCCCAGCAAAUCAUCAACACCCUCUUUACCGACAGGAAGAAUGUCCUGAUCAAGUUGCAGAAAAAGGUCGACCGCAGCGAAGCCUACACUUUGAUCGAGCCUCAUCCCAAUUUUGCCCACGUUCAAUUCGCAUUACUGGUCAACAGUCACUAUGGUUUCACGAGUCCACAGAAUUCUUUCAUGAGAGACUAUCUCUUCUUCGGGGUUCUUCCUGCAUCGAUUGCUCGGCAGAAAAACCUCCAAGGCUUCAAAUCCAACGGGCACCGCGUCGAGUUCAGAAACUGCGACGCAAAUCCAAACAGCUUGUUCGCUUUCAUGCCAAACCAUGAUCUGCAGACACCAAGUAGCUACCAUUCAAAUCUGGUUUACGAAAGGACAGGCGUUGCCGUGGACUGGCGUAAAACCGCUAAGGCAAUCACGAGUCCAGCUCGCAUGAUGCCAAAUGAUUACUUCUUCUUGACAGAGCUACACUUUGGGGGCUGUGGCUGUUACACAUCCAGUGACCGCUGGAGUAAAUUUGGCUUUCAUGCGUCUGCGAUUGGAAUUCGCUAAAACUGUUUCAUGUGUCACAGUUAUAGUUGCAGGAAUAACA